AUGCCCAUCUACAACGUCCAACACCACAUCCUCCUCACCCCCUCCCAACAAGAUGAUCUCGCGGCGGCCAUCACGCGCAUCCACAGCACCAAGUUCUCCACCCCGCGCAUGUUCGUCAACGUCGUCUUCACCGACACCUCUUCCACGCGAACGUACAUCGGCGGCAAGCAACGAAAGGGCAACCACAUCGUAGCAAACGUCCGUUCCGGGCCCUCGCGGACACAGGACGACUGGAAUGAGGCCGCUGCGCAGAUCGCGAAAGCAUGGGAUGAGAUUAUCGGAGUCGGACUGCCAAAGGUGAAGCGGAGCGAUAAGGAAGGUGUGGAUACGAAGUUGCGGAGUUUGAUCUUUCUGGGGGGCAUGAUUGGUGGGUUAGAGGCUGGGUUUGUUCUGCCAGCGGCGGGGCAGGAUGUGCAGUGGAUGCAUGAGAACUGGGAUGCUUUCCAGCAGAAGGCGCGGGAGGGGGAUGAGGAGUUUGCGGAGAUGGUGCAGGAGGUGGAGGAGAGGGGGUUGUUGGGCGCGAAUGGCGAGGCGGAGAGGGAUAAGCGGAGGCAGGACAGGCUGGAGGAGAUGUUGGGGUGGGGAGAGCAUGCUUGA